UUUGCUAGUUAUUUAUAUUUAUUAGGUUAUUUUUAUCGCUCGAAAUGUGUGACUCGAAAGUAUUCCAUUAAUGAAAGUAAUCUCUGAAGGUAUAAUGGAAAGCCCACGUUUUUACCAAAUAACUCCUCCAUAUAGCUGAAUAUAGCACGUGUCCCUUUCAACGUUGGGUUAAACCAUUGGAAGCUAUAGGUCCGCCCACGUUUUUCAUGGAGAGCGCAAGCGUCUUGUUAUUGAUAUCGUUGUGUAGUAUUGCGUAGGAGCGCCAGUUGGAUUUCCAUAAGGGUUUGCGUGGGACUCGUUCUAGUAUUUCCAAGUACGUUCUUUCAGGUGGUGCAUAACGCCUGAAACAUAACAGUUCGGCAUGGCCAAAAAGGUGGGCCUUGUUUAUUUUACAUAUCUUGUGUUAAGUAUCGUCUUUUUAAAUGUUUCCUCGCUGACAUUACCUUACAUGGUAACAUCAAAACCUCGCCAUACCAAAUACAGUUUAUCUACUCCAGCUCCAGGAAGCGGUUCUUUGGUGACACCGGAUAAUUUACCUGCUACGGCUAAUUCUGGAAUUUCCUUAUAUAGAGUAAAAAGUAACGGAGCGACCUGUAUUUUAUUAAAAACAGAUGGAUUGAUCGAAAUAACUUAUAAAUCUGCGAUCGACGAAGAAAAAGGUGAUACUUACAUGCCAGAUUAUCCAAUAAUCGAUGGUAACUGCCAAGAAGACGAUGCUUCAAUGAGAUUAUCUUGGAAUGGUUACAGUCUGUACUGGGAAUUUGCUAAGACUCCUGGUGGAGAAAGAUGGUACAUCAGCAAAUUGGAAUUAACUGUUAGUAAAGAUUUAGAACCAUAUCGACAUUUAAAAACAUUUGAGAAAACUUUUAAACUUGUGCAUAAGCAAAUGCUUUUCCCUACACCAGUAAGCAAUUCAUUUUCAUGCGAUGAAUCAGUGAUAGAUCUUGAAUCUCCCGAUGAAGAUUUCCUACAACAAGAUCUUCGUGGAAAAAUUUUCCUUCGAGCAUUUCAACUUCAACCGUUUAUGUACAAAGGUACCAAUUUUGGACCGCCUUUCGCUUGCAAUGCUCAAUUGGGUUUUCGAGAUGAAACUGCCCCAAUUGCUGUUGGAUCAACAUUAGCUAUCGCUGUUUUGUUAACAGUUGGUGGAUACGGUGUUUUUAGAUAUUUUAAAGUAAAGAAGGUCCAAUAUAACACAAUGGAAUAAGAGACAUAUUCAUAAUUAAAUUGUUGGUAGUCCAUUUCUUUUGUAAUUUUUGAGAUCAUCUAAAAAAAUGUACAAGGUACUUAAUUGAAGAAAUAAUAAGGUUUAUUUAUUUAAAUCGAUAUUAAUUUAAACAAGUUUAUAUUUUAAAGACCACAAAAAUAAGAAAGCAUGUCAAUGUUAACGGGUGGAACAAAUUUGGAACGCAUUUAAAUUACUUAAGUAGCAACAAUAAAUUUCAACUUAUUCAUUUUAGAAUACAAAUUUUAAAUUGGUACCUUAAAUUUGUUAGAACAACUUAAAGUCCAAAGCAAUGAAGAAGAAUUAGAUUUUACCGUAGAUCGUGUUCAUAAAUAAACAAAAACUAAACACGGGCAACUGACUCAAAAAUAAACUAAUAAGCGGAAACGGACCAAUACGGAAUGAGUUUUUUUUCGAUGGGAUUAAUAAAUUUAAAUGUUAACAAACGUUGAGCAUUGUUAAAAAUCAGUAUUACUACGAUAAAAGUUUUAGACGUAAUUUGCUUAAGAAACAUUUAACGUUGCGAUUACAUGCUUAUUUUUCAAUCUUAUUUGGCGCUUUGAUACUUAUUAUAUCAAAAAAGUAAAAGUUUAAAGUCAAUAUAUUUCAAUUAUAUUUAUAAAAAU